AUGAAAGGGUGUCUAAAUUGGAUUGGAAGGCAACAGAAAGAAGAGCUCCAUGCGGUGACAACAACGGGGAAGCGGAAGAUAAGGGAGGCCAUUGACAUGCUUUGGGAGAAAAAUCUAAUGAACAGGAGAUUGGAGAAAGGUAGAGUCAGCGAUAAAUUUGCCUACUGCCUAAGCAAACUCGGCGAAAACAGGAACAGAGCCUGGAUCAAUGAUCUACCGCUAACCGGAGGAAAGGGGUUUUCGGCAAUAAAGAGAAGAGUUUUUCAGUGUGUGAUGUUGGUUUCGAAUAAACCAGUACAACUUUGGGGGCCUGGCAGUCAGGGAGCUGGGCAGACGGAUAAGCAAACCGUCGCGGAAAUUCGGCGUUAUGGCCAAAAUGUACCAGAAACCCACUUGAGAUGCCAAAUGCGACCAGAGAUAGGCGUCCACAGUUUGCUCAGAUAA